CGCCAUGUUGUUUACAGUCACCAAAGCAACUCAUUUGCAUAUGAACUGCUAUUAGUGUGAAAUUUCACUUUUGAACUUUGACUACAUUGGGAUUUAAAAAAGUCUUCUGAAAGUUACAAAAAUGUGAAGAAAAAAGUUGACGCAAUUGUAGUGGAUUUUUAAGUGUUUAUAUGUACAUAUAGUUUAUUGGAUAAUAAAAGAAGGAAUAUAUAUUCAUGGAAAGGAAAAAGUAAAUUAUAUAAAAAUGCCGCUAAAACAGAGGGCACAUGGAAUUAAAAUAUCACAGCCUAAUGAAUUUGAACAGCAGUACAGACCUGCUGUUAUUGCACAUCUUCCUCCCUUGAGUGCUAAAGAGCCUGCUUAUAGUGGAAAACCAAAAAUCUUACAGCAAGGAUCAUUUACAAAAGCAGCACCUGCUAAAGAGCACAAACAUUUCCGGCUUGUCAGUGACUCAAUUGGGAAUAACUACAGUCCACAGGCUCGUAACUUAACUACGUCUUACAUCUAUGAUACAACCAGAUUUUCAUUUACAACAGAAGAAAACUAUUUUUUAUCUCCAAGACCUCCAAGACCAAGUAGUCCAGAUGAUUCUAGACUCAGACAGUCACUUCCUGCUCCUAGAAGGAAAAGCCUCCAUGAGUUUCUGCUUAGUAGAGAUGACAAAGUUGGAGGUCCAGUAGAAAGGUUUGGUCUAUCACCAAGGGUAACACAGAGACAACAGAAUGGUGCCACUAACGGCCAUACCAGACUUCCACCAAUCAAUUCUUCAGGAAUACAAAGUGAUUAUGACAGUAGCAGUUAUAUAAAUGGAAUAAGUAAUGGGGACUACUCAAUUGGACAGAAUGGCUAUGAUGACUUAGCCAAAUCAGCUGUGUACAGUCAUGUUAGUAGUGUGGACAGUGGUAAACCACCUUCAGGUUUCUAUAUGCCAGAUAUGGACACUAUCUCAGAGAGACCUUCAGAACAUGGUGACCAUGAAGAAAAGAAGGAGGAGCAACAAGAAGAAAAUGAAGAAGAGACAUGUGACAUGAAGAAUAAUUUCUAUGAUUUACAUGAUGAGUACAGCAAAGAUAUACUGAAUGUAGAGUUUCCGCCAUUCUACUUCUCGACACAUGGUCUCUCCAGACCACCAACUCCGGAUGAGGAGGACAGACAAAGGUAUUACCAACUGAUUGACGACUCAAUAGACAAUGAUAUGAUUUCUCUAUUGGAGAGAGAAACAUUAGAAGGCAUUUUCAAAUUUGUUCCUCCAUCCUUGCGACGAGACAAUCCUGAGGCUUCUAGAGACUUUAUAAUUGAAAUGAAGAAUGAUAGAAGAUAUGCAAUAAAGAAAGGAAUGCUGGACUACAUACUGCAGGAUGAAGAUGAACAAGAGAGAUUGGGUGUUCCUGUUCCAUAUAAGGAGUCAAACUCAGCAGGUAGACAUAGAUACCCUUGGCAUAACAUGGUCAAUGAGACGAGAGAGUUUAUGAAGACAGAUGUAUAUAUCACACAUCCUGUCAUGUACACCAUAUUGUACGACUUUGAAACAAAGUAUGGUGACUUUAGGUUGAUAGAUAUUCCUGACUUGAGGAAGAAAAUGCCUGUUACCAUGGAAGUAUUUUAUAAACAUGUGAAGACAUCAAGUGAGCACGGUGCUAUGAGGUUAGAGGAGGAGUGGUUACGAGAAUGCUGUGAUAGCAUAGAUACUCUCAGGGAUUCCAUUGAAGAUUGGAUGCCACAAGACAAUCAGGAAUUGAGAACAGAAAAGAUGGAACAUUUCUUUGAAAGUGUGUCAUCUCUAAUGUCUAACUUGCUCAGGAGUUGUGUGCAAAAGUCAAUCUAUGAUCUGGUAGACCUAGUGGAAGAAUAUUUCACUGGAAAUAACUAUGAGGGAGCCUACAAUAUAAUGAAAGAUCUUGGACUACCCUUAAAACCACACGUUGUUCAUUUCUUUAUGGAAUUUGAUCUAGUUAAGAUAGAAGAUACCGUAAAAGUGGGAUUACAGUUUCUGCCCUCUUUCCCAGAUAUUUAUGACUUUUUCUGUUUAAUUAUUGACACUAUGGUUAUGAGUGUAUCAAAGUUACCGUGUAUAGACAGUUUAUUGUUCCAAACUCCUGAAAACCUGGAGGAAAGUUAUAUUAGAACAGUUAGAAUAGACGAAGAAUUAGUCAAUAUUGCAAAAGAAAGGAUACAAAAAAUGAUAACAGCAAAUAGCUUUGGGCCAGAAAAAUACAAGGCAACAUACAAACCCUACCUGCAUUUAGUGUCAGAUGAUUCCAAAACAAAAGUUCAGAGGUUCAUACAUAGGGACAAGUCAUUGAGAGAAUAUGUUGCAGAGAUAGAAAAGCUGAAAAAAUUAAAGUCAGAAGUUUCAUCACUUCCUGUCUUGAUACCUAUGCAUUUAUUUCUGUUGGAUUGUACAAAGAUUAACAAGUGGUUGAUAGAACGAGUAAAUUUCUUAACAGACGUCAUGGUAACCAACAUCAAGGAGAUGAGUAAGACAUUCAACACAGGAAUCUGUGAGCAGUACAACACAAUUCUGACCAAGGUUUCUGUACAUCCUGAAAACACUGAGGAACUAGUCAGACUGAAAAACUAUGUGGAAAAUCUCAAAUGUGGCGAACUUUUACAAUUAAAGGAUAAACAAGAAGUAGCUGUUGGCAAUGUUAUGUUCCUCUUAACUUAUGCAAAAUUACCUAAAGAGGACAUUGGACACAAUACAAACACUUUCAGUUGGGCUGACAGAAUAGCUCCAAUUAUAAUCAAUAGUGACAAUGAACUGCAAAAGACCUGUGACAUUUACAAGAAACGACUAGAAGACAGAAAGAAGGCAUUUAAAGAAUCAUUGAACUCCACAGCAGCUAAGGUCAAGGGAUUCACUGUCAAACAUAAAAUGAGUGAGGAUGAGAAAUACCUAGGUGAAAUACAGCAAAUUGGCAGAGAUAUUGAGGAAUUCACAGAGGAGAAAGCCAGGAUAAACAGAGAGGAGUUGUUACUUGAAUUUGAUGCCAUAACACCUUAUAAUGAGAUCCAGGAAAUAGCUGCAGCCAAAGAACCGUAUGAGAAGUUAUGGUCCACGGCUGUCAAGUUCAGAGCACAACACAAAACAUGGAUGAAAUCUCCUGUUAUCAAAGUCAAUUCUGAGGAGGUUGAGGAGGAGGUACAAAACUUGUGGAAGACUUCAUACAAGUUAACCAAACUGUUCAACACAGCCUCUACAAAAGGAGCAUUCCAGGCAUCACGUAGUAUCAAAAGUUCUUUGGAGCACUUUAGGAUUAACAUGCCUAAAAUUAAUGCUAUCUGUAAUCCUGGAAUCAAACAGAGACAUUGGGAUAUGAUGAAUGAGAAAGUUGGGUUUAAUAUGACACCUACAGAAGAAACUACGCUAGAAGAAGAACUGGCAUUAGGUCUAGACAAAUAUGUAGAACAGCUACAGGCCAUCAGUGCUCAAGCCAGCAAGGAAUAUGCUUUGGAAAAGGCCUUGCAAAAGAUGAAAGACGACUGGGAGUCUAUGUUGUUUGCUUUUGUUCCAUACAAGGAUACAGGGAUAAAUAUCAUGUCAGCACCAGAUGAAAUCCAGGUUCUCCUUGACGACCAUAUCGUCAAGACAACCACCAUGAAAGGUUCACCUUUCAUUGCACCAUUUGAAACAGAAAUUAAUGAAUGGGAUUUGAAACUGCAUAGAAUAAAGGAUAUAUUAGACUCCUGGUUAAAGGUGCAAGCAGCCUGGUUGUAUCUGGAACCUAUAUUUGGAUCACAGGACAUCAGAAAUCAAAUACCAGUAGAAGGGAAAAUGUUUGAAGAAGUUGAUGAACACUGGAGAACAAUAAUGGAGAAUGCUGUCAAGGACUGCAGAGCUUUGGUGGUCACUUCUCAAGAUGAGAUGUUAGAGAAAUUACAACGCUCAGAGUCUAUGUUAGAUGAUAUCCAAAAGGGACUGAAUGAUUAUUUGGAAAAGAAGAGACUGUUUUUCCCAAGGUUUUUCUUCUUGUCUAAUGAUGAAUUGCUGGAGAUAUUGUCAGAGACAAAAGAUCCUCUUCGUGUACAACCACAUCUCAAGAAAUGUUUUGAAGGCAUUUACCAACUGUCCUUCACUGAAGCAAAGGUCAUCAUUGCAAUGGAGUCUGCUGAGAAAGAGAAAGUAGAAUUCUGUAAGGUCAUAAUACCAGCUGAUGCUAAUGGAUUGGUGGAAAGAUGGUUAUCACAGGUUGAAGAAGUGAUGAAGCUAAGUUUACGAGUAGUAUCAGCUAAAGCUGUACAAGCAUAUACAAAGAAGCCACGUUGUGAAUGGGUGUUAGAAUGGCCAGGGCAAAUUGUUUUGGCAGCUAGUCAGAUACACUGGACAUCAGAGGUUACUCAGGCAAUCACUGGUGGUUACCUAGGUCCAUACUUAGCUAAAAGUAACAAACAAAUAGAAGAAGUGGUCAAACUUGUCCGAGGUCAGCUGACAUCUAUGGCUAGAAUAACACUUGGUGCUCUUAUUGUUAUUGAUGUCCAUGCAAGGGAUGUUGUAAAUAAUUUAAAAGAAAAAGAAAUCAGGAGUCCACAGGAUUUCUCGUGGAUCAGUCAGUUAAGAUACUACUUUGAGGAGGAGUCUGUAAUGGUACGGAUGAUAACAACCUGUGUGGCCUAUGCCUACGAAUACCUUGGGAAUACAGGACGUCUUGUCAUUACUCCACUUACAGAUAGGUGUUACAGAACCUUGAUGGGAGCUUUGUUGCUGAACUUAGGAGGUGCACCAGAAGGCCCAGCAGGUACUGGUAAAACAGAAACGUCAAAAGAUUUAGCCAAAGCAGUGGCUAAACAGUGUGUUGUGUUCAACUGUUCUGAUGGUUUGGAUUAUCAAGCCAUGGGAAAGUUUUUUAAAGGGCUUGCCCAGUCUGGUGCAUGGGCAUGCUUUGAUGAAUUCAACAGGAUAGAACUGGAAGUGUUAUCAGUGAUAGCACAACAAGUACAGACUAUACAAAGGGCUGUAGCAGAACAAGUGAAGAUGUUUGUGUUUGAGGGAACUGAGAUAUCAUUGGAUAGAACUUGUACUAUUUUUAUUACAAUGAAUCCUGGUUAUGCUGGUAGAGCGGAACUUCCAGAUAAUUUGAAAGUGUUAUUCCGAACUGUAGCAAUGAUGAUACCGGACUACGCAAUGAUUGCCGAGAUAUCUUUAUAUUCUAUGGGUUUUGUUGAUGCUCGAAGCAUGGCUACAAAGAUAGUAGAUACAUAUAAACUGUGUUCAGAACAAUUGUCUUCCCAGUCUCACUACGAUUACGGAAUGAGAGCUGUCAAGUCGGUAUUGACAGCAGCCGGAAAUCUUAAACUGAAAUAUCCUGAACAUCAGGAGGAUGUAUUGGUGCUCAAAUCUAUAAAUGAUGUUAAUCUUCCAAAGUUUUUAUCCCAUGACAUACCAUUGUUUGAGGGUAUUAUAUCUGACUUAUUCCCUCAAGUAGAACUACCUCAGAUAGAUUAUGGACAUUUGGAGACAAGACUGAAAGAAAACCUCCAUAAACGAAAGUUACAAAGUGUACCAUGGUUUAUAGAGAAAAUUAUUCAAAUUUAUGAUAUGAUAUUGGUGCGGCAUGGUUUGAUGAUAGUUGGGGAUCCUUUAGGAGGAAAAACUAGUGCAUUUAAAGUGUUGGCAGAAUCCCUUGGUGACCUCCAGAAAAGUGGGGAGAUGGACGAAUACAGUGUGAAGUACAGAGUAAUUAACCCCAAGGCUGUGACCAUGGGUCAGCUGUAUGGUAGAUUUGAUUCUGUAUCACAUGAAUGGUUUGAUGGUAUAUUAGCAAAUACAUUCCGUGAACAUGCAGCAGACAUGUCAGAUUACAGGAAGUGGAUUAUAUUUGAUGGACCUGUGGAUGCAGUGUGGAUUGAGAACAUGAACACAGUAUUGGAUGAUAAUAAAAAGCUUUGCUUGAUGAGUGGAGAAAUUAUACAGAUGAACAACAAACAGAAUAUGAUAUUUGAAGCUCAGGAUUUAGAACAGGCCUCUCCAGCUACAGUAAGCAGGGUUGGUAUGAUCUACCUAGAUCCAUUACAGCUUGGCUGGGAUCCACUGAUCAAAUCCUGGAUGGAAAAUGAAUUACCACCAAAUUUGAAUGAAGAACAAAAAGAAACAAUACAGCUACUUUUUGACUGGUUGUUGCCGCCAUGUUUGACUUUUGUGUCAAAGUAUUGUCGCUGUUUACUGACAUGUCAUCCAUUACAUUUGACAAAGAGUAUGUUGACAUUAUAUGGAUGUAUGUUAGAUGAUGUCAGGAAAAUCGGUGACGAUGAAGAAGAAGAUGAUUUUAUUGAUGAAGGUGAUGAAGAAAAUCUAGAUGAAGAUUCAGAACAAGAAAAACCUCAGGCUUCUGAAGAGGAGAGGAAAAUGAUAGAAGAAAGAACCAAUAUGGUUGUUAGUUACUUCUUCUUUUCCAUUGUCUGGUCUAUUGGUGCUAUAUUGGACUUAAAUUCAAGAAUCAAGUUUGAUGAGUUUUUCCGUGCUUUGUGUGAGAUGGAUGCCAGCACAUCCAAAUACCCAAAGGUUAGAGGCAUGACUAGACCAAAAGAUUUAAAGUUUGCACGCAACCUGUUAAUUCCAAAGAAAGGAACAGUUUAUGAUCAUGUUUACAUCAAGCGCCAAUAUGGAUCCUGGAAUCUGUGGAGCAGUAUGAUCACUCCAUUCAGUAUUGAUGAAAAAGCAAAGUUAACAUUAAACUUAGAAAAGAGUACCACUCUACCGAUAAAUGAGCUAAUUAUAAACACGGUGGAGACAGAGCGACAAAAGUACUUCCUGGAGAAACUAAUUAUGCAGGAAAAGCCAUUGUUGUUUGUUGGACCUACAGGAACAGGAAAGUCUGCCAUCAGUAAUAACUACCUGAUACAGCUACCCAAAGAAAAGUUCAUUAUCACCAAUGUCAACUUCUCAGCUCAAACAUCAGCCAAUCAAACACAAGAUAUCAUAUUCUCCAAACUUGACAGGAGAAAGAAGGGUGUACAUGGUCCAGCUCCUGGUAAAAAGUUAAUGGUAUUUGUGGAUGACUUAAACAUGCCAGCCAAAGAGAAAUAUGGUGCACAACCACCCAUAGAGAUAUUACGACAGUGGAUUGAUCAUGGAUAUUGGUUUGACAGAAAGGACACUAGUAUCCUAGAACUGGUAGACAUUAACAUAUUAUCUGCCAUGGGGCCACCAGGAGGGGGCAGGAAUGAUGUCACACCUAGAUUUAUCAGACAUUUUAAUGUGAUUGCCAUUGAAUCUUUUGAUGAAGAUACCAUGAAGAGUAUAUUCAAUCCUAUCAUAGAAUGGCAUUUUAAGUCAUUUGAGACAAGUCUCAGGAGAUUCUCAAGAAUAAUCAUAACCAAUACAAUGGAGAUCUACAACAGUGCCAUAUCCAAAUUCCUGCCGACACCAUCAAGAUCACAUUAUGUCUUUAACUUGAGGGACUUUGCCAGAGUUGUACAGGGUGUAUUACUGUUAAAACCUGAGGUUGUCCCAGAGGGAAAUGAAGGAGGACACAAGAUCAUAAGACUGUGGGUACAUGAGGUCUACAGAGUCUUCUAUGACAGACUUAUUAAUGAAAGUGACAGAGAGCUGUUCUUCCAGAUGGUCAAGUCCUGUGUUGAAACUAACUGUAAGGAAAAAUAUUCCAACUUAUUUAGCCACCUUGUGAAAGAGAAAGGAGACCAGGUUACAGAUGAUGAUUUAAGAAGUCUGAUAUUUGGGGAUUAUCUGUCUAAAACAAAGGACGAGAAAUUAUAUGAUGAAAUUUUGGACUUAAAGGAAUUAACUGAGACAAUAGAAAGGUCUUUAGAGGACUAUAAUUAUGAGAUGAGCAAAGCUCCAAUGGACUUAGUUAUGUUUAGAUUUGCUAUUGAACAUAUAUCAAGGAUCAGCAGAGUUCUCAAACAACCAAAUGGUCACUGUUUAUUAGUUGGUAUUGGUGGCAGUGGAAGACAGAGUGCUGCAAGGCUUGCUGCCUUUAUGUCUGAUUUUGAACUUUUUCAAAUAGAGAUCACUAAAAAUUACAUGGCUGCUGAAUGGCGAGAUGACUUGAGAAGAAUGAUAAGGAAGGCAGGGGAUGAUGGAGUUUCUACUGUAUUCCUGUUUGGAGAUCACCAGAUAAAGGAUGAAUCAUUUUUAGAAGACGUCAACAUGUUAUUAAACACAGGAGAUAUUCCUAACCUGUAUGAAAAUGAAGAAAGAUUAGAAAUUAUUGAAAAGAUGCAAUUAAAAGCCCAACAGUUAAAUCUACAGAUGGAGAUGACACCAUUAAACAUGUAUAACAUGUUUAUAGAGAGAGUAAGAAGAAAUCUUCAUGUUGUUCUUGCCUUCAGUCCUAUAGGAGAUGCCUUCAGGGCUAGGAUUAGGAUGUUUCCUUCACUCAUUAACUGUUGUACCAUAGAUUGGUUUAUGGCAUGGCCUCAAGAUGCAUUAGAAUUGGUAGCCAACAAAUUUCUGGAGUAUGUAGAGAUGUCUCAAGAUAAGGUCAGAGACACAGAAGUACGGGAUCAAACAAUAGAGAUGUGUCAACACUUUCAUCAGAGUGUUAGAGCCAUGUCUGACAGGUAUUAUGACACACUGAGGAGGAGGAACUAUGUGACUCCAACAUCUUACCUUGAGUUGAUUAAGACAUUUAAAAGAUUACUUGAUCAAAAGAGAAUGGAAAUCCUUACUCUGAAAGAGAGAUACAUAGUUGGUCUCCAAAAGCUUGACUACUCUGAACAACAGGUGAAUAGUUUGCAAGAGAUGUUGAUCAAGUUAAAACCAGAGUUGAUAGAAAAAGGAAAACAAGUUGCUGAGUUGCUAAUAGUCAUUGGAAAGGAAAGGGAAAGAGUUGAAGCUGUAAAAAUUAAUGUUGAAGAGGACGAAAAAGUGGCUAACCAAGCAGCAAUGGAAGCUAAAGCUAUAAAGGAUGAGUGUGAAGAACAAUUGAACAUAGCCAUGCCUUUACUGAAUGCUGCUGUAAAUGCCUUGGAUACACUGAAACAGAAUGACAUUACAAUUGUGAAAAACUUUACGAAUCCUCCUCUGGGUGUUAGACUGGUCAUGGAAUCCAUUUGUAUUAUGAAGCAAAUAAAGCCAGAGAAAAAAGUUGAUGGAAGUGGGAAAGCAGUAGAAAAUUAUUGGCCUGCUGCAAAAAGGAUGCUGGGAGAUUUGAAGUUCCUUGAUUCAUUAAAAGACUAUGACAAAGAUGAUAUUCCACCACCAGUGAUCAAGAAAAUAAGGGACAGCUAUAUCAACAACCCAGAUUUUGACCCACAAAUCAUCAAAAAUGUAUCCUCUGCUUGUGAGGGUCUGUGUAAAUGGGUUAAAGCAAUGGAAAAAUAUGAUAAAGUUAUAAAGGUUGUUGCCCCUAAAAAGAGAAGUUUAGAAUCGGCUGAAGCAGUAUUAGCAACACAGAUGGCAAAACUAGAGGAGAAAAGAGCAGAACUAAAGGCUGUUACUGAUGAACUCAAUGAAUUAGAAGACAAUCUGGCCAGUAAUCAAAAUGAAAAAGAGAACCUAGAAGCCAAUAUUGAACUGACAAAAGUCAAAAUAGACAGAGCAGAAAAAUUAAUAAGUGGACUUGGUGGUGAGAAGGAAAGAUGGACAAAGAAUGUAGAAGAUUUAACAGAGACCUAUGACAACAUUGUAGGAGAUGUGUUAUUGUCAGCCAGUAUUGUAGCUUACCUAGGUCCCUUCAUCUUAGACUAUAGACAAGAAUGUCUAAAAGAAUGGUAUAGAAUGUGUAAAGAGAGAAACAUUCCAGUAUCUGAAAACUUCUCCCUGCAGGCUAAUCUAGGUAACCCUGUCAAAAUCAGAGAUUGGCAGAUUGCUGGGCUGCCAGUGGACAAUUACUCUUUGGAGAAUGCCCUGGUAGUAAUGAAUGCCAACAGAUGGCCUCUUAUGAUUGAUCCACAAGGCCAAGCCAAUAAAUGGAUUAAAAACAUGGAGAAAUUGAAUAAAUUAGAAGUUAUCAAAUUGUCAGAUCCUAACUACAGCAGACAAUUAGAAAAUUGUGUACAGUUUGGAAACCCCUGUCUAUUGGAGAAUGUUGGAGAAGAAUUAGAUCCUAUACUGGAUCCUGUCUUAUUAAAGCAAACAUUUAAACAGAAUAACAUGGAUUAUAUCAGAGUUGGAGAUAAUAUCAUAGAAUACAGCAAAGACUUUAAAUUCUAUAUAACAACUAGGUUACGGAAUCCACAUUAUCUUCCAGAGGUUUCAGUCAAGGUUACAUUAAUCAACUUCAUGAUAACACUGUUAGGAUUAGAAGAUCAGCUAUUAGGAAUUGUGGCUGCUAAAGAAAAACCAGACUUAGAAGAAAAGAAAAAUGAACUUAUUAUAGAAAGUGCCAAAAAUAAAAGACAACUCAAAGAAAUUGAAGAUAAAAUUUUAGAAGUACUUUCAUCCUCUGAGGGUAAUAUAUUAGAUGAUGAAAGUGCCAUUGAGAUAUUGUCUUCCAGUAAAGUCUUAUCACAAGAAAUAUCAGAGAAACAGGAAGUAGCCUCUGUCACCGAGGAAAAAAUUGACAAAGUCAGAGAUGGUUAUAAACCUGUUGCAAAACAUGGCAGCAUAUUAUUUUUUGUGAUUCAAGACCUAGCCAACAUUGACCCUAUGUAUCAGUAUUCACUAUCAUGGUUUAUUAAUCUGUAUAUCCAGUCUAUAUUAAACAGCAAACAGACAUCAGAGUUGAGUGAAAGAAUAGACAACCUGAAUGAGCAUUUUACCUAUAGUAUUUAUCUCAAUGUAUGUCGAUCCUUGUUUGAGAAAGACAAGUUACUGUUUUCAUUCCUGUUAUGUAUUGGAAUACAAAAACAAGAAGGGACAGUUGAUGAUAGAGAAUGGCGGUUCCUACUGACUGGUGGUGUGGCUUUGGAGAAUCCAUUUCCUAAUCCUGCUUCGGCAUGGCUUCCUGAGAAGUCAUGGAGUGAAAUUGUGCGAUGCUCAGAUUUGCCUGCUUUUAAAGGUUUUAUGGACCAGUUUAAGAGCCUGUUGCCCCAAUGGAAGAAAAUCUAUGAUUCACCCUCACCUGAAACUGAAGAUUUGCCAAAGCCUUGGUGUGAAAGACUGGAUAAAUUACAGAAACUAAUAGUCCUCCGUUGUCUAAGACCUGACAAGAUGGUUCCUGCUAUCCAGAACUUCAUUGUGGAUACCAUGGAACAUAAGUAUGUUGAACCACCGACCUUUGACCUGUCUCUCAGCUUUAGUGAUUCGUCAUAUUUUACUCCAUUGAUAUUUGUUCUCUCACCUGGUGCUGAUCCAAUGGCUGGCCUCUACAGAUUUGCAGAAGAGAAAGGUCUCCUCCCAAGGAUCAUUAAACCAAUGGUCACAAUGACCAAGGCCGAAUCCAAAAUGAGACUUAUUACAUCAAUUAUUGGACUUAAUCCAAAAAUAGAAAGUGAGACUCCUGGCAGUAAGGGUUUGCAGACAAUUUCUUUAGGUCAAGGUCAAGGGCCUAUAGCAGAGAAGAUGAUACAGGAGGCUGUUGAAGAGGGGACAUGGGUGGUGUUACAGAAUUGUCAUUUAGCAGCAUCAUGGCUUGGAGAAUUAGAGAGAAUCUGUGAAACAAUAAUAACAGAUCCAGCAAAAACCAAACCAUCAUUUAGACUGUGGCUGACCAGUUAUCCUUCACCUGUCUUCCCAGUAUCUGUACUACAGAAUGGGGUCAAAAUGACCAAUGAACCACCAAAAGGUCUACGAGCAAACCUGCUCAGAUCGUACCUCAAUGAUCCUAUCUCUGACCCAGAAUUCUUUAAUUUGUGCAAUAAACCUGUGAUUUUUGAGAAGCUGUUAUUUGGAUUAUGUUUUUUCCAUGGCUUGGUACAAGAGAGGAGGAAGUUUGGUCCAUUAGGUUGGAAUAUACCAUAUGAAUUUAAUGAAUCUGAUCUCAGAAUAUCUGUCAGACAACUUGAGAUGUUUGUAAAUGAUUAUGAUGAACCACCAUUGGAAGCCCUGACAUAUCUAACAGGAGAGUGUAACUAUGGUGGCAGAGUUACAGAUGACCUUGACAGAAGGUUAAUUCUUAGUCUGCUGAAAAUAUUUUACUGUGAAGAGAUUAUUUCAGAUGAUGAAUAUAAGUUUUCUACAAGUGGAUUGUACUAUGCUCCUCCUAAAGGAACGUACAAUAAUUAUAUUGAGUACAUCAGGAAAUUACCACUAAUGCCACAUCCUGAGGUGUUUGGCUUACAUGAAAAUGCAGAUAUAUCUAAAGACCAACAAGAAACUCAGCAGUUGUUUGAAGGAAUUCUUCUUACAUUACCACGUCAGUCUGCAGGUGGUGGGAAGUCAUCUCAAGAAAUUAUUGAAGAAUUGGCGUCAGAUAUUUUGUCAAAAAUUCCACCAGAUUUUAACUUGGAUGAAGUGCAGAACCGUUACCCAGUGAGAUACAACGAGUCCAUGAACACUGUACUGCUACAGGAACUGAUUAGAUUUAACAGAUUGAUACAAGUGGUCAGAACUUCACUGCAGGAUAUUAAGAAAGCAAUAAAAGGAUUGGUUGUAAUGUCAGCUGAUCUUGAGGAUGUAUUUGAUAGCAUGAUGGUAGGAAAGGUGCCAUCUGUCUGGGCUUCUAAAUCAUAUCCCUCUCUGAAGCCACUGGGGUCAUAUAUUACAGAUCUUAUAGCCAGAUUACAGUUUUUUAAGGACUGGAUAUACAGUGGUACCCCACCAGUUUUCUGGAUUUCUGGAUUUUAUUUCACGCAGUCCUUCCUGACAGGUGUACUGCAGAACUAUGCCAGGAAAUACAAAACUCCAAUCGAUCAUUUAGGAUAUGAGUUUGAAGUAACAACAACAGAAACUUCCAUGGCAACUAAACCUACAAAUGGUGCUUAUAUCAGAGGGCUUUUCAUGGAAGGAGCUCGCUGGUGUAGGACAAAGAGGAAAAUAGUGGAAUCUGAACCAAAGAUACUGUAUGAUCUGAUGCCUAUUAUACAGUUGAAACCAGGAGAAAAACAUAAGUUUGAGGAAAAGCAAACAUAUUCAUGUCCAGUAUAUAAAACAAGUGCAAGAAGAGGUACAUUAUCAACUACUGGUCACUCAACAAAUUAUGUAUUAAACAUUCUUAUACCAUCAACAGAACCAGAGGACCAUUGGAUCAACAGAGGGGUAGCUUUGUUGUGUCAACUUGAUGACUGAGAAACAAAACAACUGUAACACUUAAAAUGUUUAGUGCUAACAUUUAUGAAGCUAAAUGAAAUACCUAGAAAACAUUUUAGUGCUAUCAUUUCUAAUCCUAAGCUAAAUUAUUUAUUAGAAUUCACAUACAUUCAGUAGAACAAUUGAAUAACUGUUUUUAUUUCAAUUAUAUAUUUGACAAUUUAUUAGGCGACAUCAUCAAAUAAUCAUUAAUUGUUGUUUUUUUUUUCAUUUUGCAUUUUGACAUUGUUAUGGGUGCAAGAGUUGAAAAUGGAGGGAAUCAUAAGUCAUUCAUUUUUAUACAUUUUUAUAUUCAUUCAAAAACUCACAGAGUGCUCAUUAAAGAUUAAAUUUUUUUGGAGUUUGAAAAUAAAUUCUGAAGGUAAAUCUUUCAUGGAUGACAGUAAGAGGUGCAUGUCAUUUAUUUUAAGGGAGCUACAAUAUCCAAAUAUAAAUCUUGUCGUAAAAUGCAUGAAAUAUUUGCCACUGGGUGUUAACCAUAGAACAAUCAAUCAAUUCCAGUAUAAAACUGAUAAUUCUGUAUCUGUAUUAGAUUGCAUGAUCAUAUGUUGUAUUUUAGAGAAAAGUUAAUUCAGAAAAAUGUAUACUCCUAGACAUUUAUGUUGUAAGGUUUUUAUAUUGAAUUGAUGAUGUGGGAAUUUUUCAUGUACGGCUAUUUCUUUGCUUAUUUUGUAUUUAUUGAAACAAUAGGAGAAAAAGAGUCUUAUGUGCAAGUUUGCUUCAAAAUGUUAAUCUGAAUGUAAAUUGCUUCAGUUUAAUGUAUGUAAACCUUGUGUCAAGUAUUAUUUACAGUAUUCAAAGCGGGAAAAUUAGGGUAAAAAUACAGUUUCAGAUUCAUUUGGGUAGCACCUAGCGAUAUAUUGGUUAAGUUUUAUAUUCGUUUAUGUGCAUGCAAUUUAAAAUCAAGUAUAACCAAAAAGAUCUGCUCCCACAAAUCACCUCUUUAUCAUAAAAAUCUUAUGACUAACAUUGAACGUAAAUCAUGAACAAUUCAGUAUACUUUAUUCAAUAGUCAAUUUUAGUCCUAAGACAAUUUUUUGAAACGCAGACCAGCACGUAAAAGUAUGCAAGAACAUAUUGGCAGACAUGUUUAUAUAAGCUUAUCUGUGAUAAGAUACUUUGUAACUUAGUAUGGUAUCAGAUAUAUUGUAACUUAGUAUUGUAUCAUUGCAUUUAUAAAGCUUUGUUUAGCUUAUUGUAUUAUUAGUCACUUAGAUGGUUCUAUCUUGUAUAUAAGUUGUAGCAUUUUAAUGCCAAAUCAAAGUCUUUCAAACUAAUGUAUAUUCACUGUAAAUAUUUUUUAUAAUUUUUUUUUAAUAAAUGAGGGAAAUCAUAAGAUCUUGAUGUAAUAAUGUUGUAUUUUGUAAACCAAUUACUUUUCUCAUGUUUUACAUGUUCUUAGACCAAUCUGAGACAAAUCAAUGCUUAUUUCUCUUGUGAAUUUGAUUGGUUUAUAGUUUCAUGUUGCCAUGACAAUGAUUUGGAGUAAUUAUUUUAGUUUUCCUAGUCUAGUUUGACUAUCUACAUGCUUGUAGGCAUAUAGCGUUACAUUUAGAUCAAAUGAUCAUGUUAACUUUUAUAUUUUUAAUAACAUUAAAAUGCUGUUAUUUUAUAUCUAAGAUUUUAUUUCAUGUAGUAAGAUUAAGGCCCCUGUUGCUAAUUAUAAAGUGAAGGAGGUUAGUAAUUAUUUACCCUUGAUUAAGGGUAGGUAAAUUAAUUAUAUUUCUCAUACAUAUAUGUACAAUGCUGGGCUGUAUGUCUGUUCAUUCAAAGAUAUGCCAUUUUGGACAAACAAAAUUACCAGACUUGAUGGUCAAAUGUCAUAUCUUGUUAACAAAGUUUUGGAAAUUAAUUCUGUUUCAAAGGUUUCUGCUCUUAAAGGCUCAUACUUCUUUUCCAUUGGGUUUAAUUUAAUCUGGGUUUGAAAUUUCAUAAAACAAUCAAUCAUGUUUAAACCAUGUUUGAGUAAAUAUUUAAUUAAGUAUGAAAAUUGUAUUAUGCAGUUAACUAUGGUAUAACUUUUAUUCAACAAUUGUUAUCAAUCAUAUUAGAUUUAUAUUUUUGUUAACUUCAUUUGUUUUGUUUUUUUAAAUCUUUGUUGUUUUGGUGAUUUAUGAAGUAUUAUGCUGUAAAUAAGUGUAAAUAUUACAAUAUAAUUUAUUUAGUAAUUUUCACAGCUUUGUUGUAAAGAUUCUAAUCGUACCGUCCUAUUGUAUUCUGUGAUAAAUGUUUAUAUAGAAUUUUGUUUACAAAGAAAUAAUAUAUUUUUUACAUUUUUACAUACAUGACUCACUCUUAAUAAAAGUAGAAGAUAAUUUA